ACUGACAAUAAUACUUCUUCAGUGCUCAAAUUCACGUGUAGUGCGCGUCUUACAUACCUUGUUGCUAGCCAAGAAUACCCGGUGAUCUAUUGCAACAUGGUGGCUCAAUAUCCAGAUAUCUCCUCUGUGGACAAGAAGUCUUUCGAAUACGUUUACGAGCAAAACGUGACGAUUCCGUUGAAAAGCUCCGAGGGUAUUGUACGUUGCAAUGUCUACCGCCCGAAAGAUGAGAGCAAGCGAUACCCGUGCUUAGUGACGUAUGGCCCCUAUGGAAAGGACAUCCCUUACUCCGAUUUCCAUGCACAAUCCUAUUCGGAGGUGAACCCAGAACACAAAUCGCAGCAUUCAGCAUGGGAGACACCGGAUCCCAAAUACUGGACAUCUCAUGGAUAUGCUGUUAUUCGUGUGGAUGAACGAGGACUGGGUCAAUCGCCCGGCAUCCUCGACACCAUGUCGAAGGGCACAAGCGAAGCAUUUUUCGAUUCCGUGGAAUGGGCUGCCGACCAACCUUGGUCGAGUGGCAAGGUUGGGCUGCUCGGUAUCUCUUACUACGCUGGCAGCCAGUGGAGAGUGGCAGCGCUUCAGCCAAAGGGACUUUCAGCAAUCAUUCCAUGGGAAGGGAUGAGUGACUAUUACCGCGACCGGUGCCGUCAUGGGGGAAUUCUCUCCAAUGAGUUCAUCCGAUUCUGGUGGAAUCGUCAAGUUCUGAGCAAUCAAUAUGGCCUCGGUGGUCGUCAAGCGAGGAAGUGGGGCCCUGAUACCAUCGACGGUGACCUGUCGCCAGAAGAACUGGAGAAGAACCGAAACGACCAGAACCUCGACAACCAAAACAACCAUUACCGAGACGACCCGUAUUAUGCUUCCAAGGAGUACAACAUGGACGACAUCAAGGUACCCGUUUUGAGUGUCGGGAACUGGGGCGGCAUCCUCUUACAUCUCAGAGGAAAUGUGGAGGGUUUUACACAUGCUGGGUCAAAGUUCAAAUAUCUGAGAUUUUGCGUCGGGCGACAUGAUCUACCCUUCUAUUACCACGAACAGGUUGAGUUACAAAGGAGCUUCCUCGAUGCCUUCUUACAUGGCCAAGAUAGGGUUGGGUGGUCAACUGAGGGGAAAGUGCCCAAGGUUGGUCUGGUCCUGCGAAAGGGAGACGUCGGACACAACCACCCGGAGGGAGAAGGGACUUUUCCGACACGCACGGAGAAUGAAUGGCCGAUCGCCAGGACGAAAUACACACCAUGGUAUUUGACACAUGAAUGUGAAUUGAUGGAGAAGUUGCCAGCAUAUACCUCCACAAGCAAGUUGACUUACAAAGCCCUCGGUACGCUGAAGGAGCCUCAAUUGAUACAAUUUACGACGCCCCCAGUGGAGAAAGAGACCGAGAUAACAGGGCAUAUCGUGGCCCACUUGAACGUGUCGACGAGUCCGUACAUCGGCAAGAGUGUUCCUACCGAUAUCGACCUCUUCUUGACAUUGAGGCACAUCUCACCUGCCGGGAAGGAAGUCUUCUACACAGGCACGGCAGGAGAUGGAGUCCCUCUCUGCAAGGGUUGGCUGAGGGUCAGCAACAGAAAGGCCGACCCGACACAUUACAAGCAUCGACCUUGGUUGCCGUACAGAGAUUACUUUUCUACCUCCGUUCUUCCUGUGCUUCCUGGGGAAGUCUACCCGGUAGAUGUGGAGAUCUGGCCGACAAACGUUGUAUUAGAGCCAGGUGCAAAGCUUGUCCUUGAAGUGGCUUCUGGUGACACACAGGGGUGCGGCACAUUCCAGCACACGAGUUCUGCUGACAGGUCUGAAGCCAAGUUUGCUGGCAAGAACAACAUCCAUUUUGGCCCGAACUUCGUGAAUUAUGUCACGCUUCCAAUCAUACCAGCUGUAGAGUGAUAUGACAGCUAACAGCAGUAAGGUGAAAGGUGGUUAGCGAGCCUAUCUCCAGAAGGAGUGGUAUGUCAGAUAGCGGACAAACCUACCUCAUAACGUCGGAUCCCACCGGAUAGGUUGCGGCGACUAGGAGUUCAUGCGACUCAGACUAUGCCAAUGGGAACUCAUGGUCUCUCGAACAUGAGAGCUCGUCCUCUGACAAUGUAUAUAACGGUCUC